AGCGGGGGCCGGGCCGUGCCGGGCGGUGGCGGUGGCGGUGCGGGCCGGCUGUGCCGUAGCGCGGGGCCAUGCCGUUCCUGGAGCUCGACACCAACCUGCCGCCCAGGCGGCUGCCCCCGGCGCUGGCCCAGGACCUGUGCGCGGCCGCCGCUGACAUCUUGGGCAAGCCGGCGGAGCGGGUGAACGUGACGGUGCGGAGCGGGCUGCCCAUGGUGGUGGCGGGCUCGGCCGAGCCCUGCGCGCAGCUGUUCGUCUCCUCCAUCGGCGUGGUGGGCUCGGCGGAGCAGAACCAGCGGCACAGCGCCCGCUUCUUCGAUGUCCUGACGGCGCAGCUGGGCCUCGGCCCCGAGCGGAUUAUCAUCCGCUUUUACCCACUGGAGCCCUGGCAGAUUGGCAAGAACAGAACAGUCAUGACAUUCCUGUGAUCCCUUGAGCAGCCGAUGGAACAAAGCAAUGAUGAAGAUAACCUAGAGAUUACCAGCUCCAUCUAUCUAAUUGUUUCCUCUUAUGAUCAAAUCUGUGUAGCUCUGCACUUCACCUGUGUGAUUCACUUUUGUCUUUGCAUCCUGUGCACACAAAGCUGAAGAGUGGGACGAUCAACUUUAUUAAUGUUACUAAAAUAAUUCAAGGUCUUUGUCUCAAUCCUGUCUCGUAUCCCAAAGGCUUUCCUGGUGCGGAGUUUUGGGAUGAUACAGCAUCUCACUGUCUUCCAUGGCUGGUGUUUUCAGCUCACUGUCCCUGUGGGGAAGAGUUUCAGGUUUUUAGGACCUGUAUACUCCCUCACUUUAUGACUGGAAUACACGAGGCAUUUUAGUAAAACAAAAGCGCAGUA